AUGUACACCUACUUACUUGUGGCCAUUACGGUUUCCCUAGCAGCCUCCCAAAAGCAGGGAAGCGAAAGCAAAACGACUUCACUGGCAGCGACCGAUUUGGCUGCCUUAGCUGGAAAUAAGAACAACAAGGGGGAUGGAAAGCCUCCUGUGGAUGUCAGUGGUCUGGCUGCACUUAUCGGCCAAGGCCUUAGCCAGCAUGGAAACGGAAUGCCAAUGAACGGAAAGUUCCCUCCCUUUGGAUACAAUUCGAUGAAUGGAGGCCCAUUCGGCUACGGUCCAAUGAAUGGAGGUUCAUUCGGAUAUGGCCCGGGAAAUAGACACUUCCCAUCAUCCGGAUAUCCUUCAAGAAACUUCCCAACAUACGGAUAUGGCCCGGGACUAGGAGGUUUCCCCCAGUUCGGAUAUGGCCCUAUGGCUGGAAGUUUUCCUCAUUUCGGAUAUGGACCUGGUGGUUUUUCUGGAGAACAUAACUAUGGCCCAAAUGGGGGACAUCGACCGAGUACCAGGCGUCCAUCCCAUGGAGACUUUGGAUUCAACAACGGAGGAAACGCGCCCAUCACUGGGAGGAUUUGGAUACAACAACGCAGGCAUGAAGGUGUGAAGAGCAACAUUUCAGACACUCGCCCUAGUGGAGGCUCAUCCCUAUUUGCUUCAUGUGUUUUUUGA